AAUUAUUUGCUCUCGUCAUUUCUUCGGAACAGAAGCAGGGAAGUAGUGUGUGCUUUGUGUCAUGAUCAAGUCCUUUUGACUGUAUGGCUCGCGAGUGCUCCAAGUCUUUUUACUUUGACUUGCUGACAACCGCCUGCAAACCUUGCGAGCUCCAUUGCAACAAUGCCAAUACGCGACCUGCCGCCUGUCAGGACUACAGCUGCAGCAAUACUCCAGUGCCUUCCGUGACCAUUCCUGAUGCAAGUAAAAUCGCAUGGAUUAUCAUUGGAUCACUUCAGCUGUUAAUAUUGAUAUUUAUAGUAUUUAUUCUUUUCAUUCGAAAAUUGCAUCAAUGGAAAGCAAAUGUACCAUUUAAAUCUACAGAUGUGAUACCCAAUAAUAAUGUCAUCAUUUCAAGUUUCAAGGAAACCACACUUGCCGAAGAUACACAUCAAUUCUCUCGUGUAAGAAAUCAGCAAUCAGAUCACUUUAUGGAACCUGACAUUUCCACUUGUGCAGCCCAAGGAAGUGAAAUGAAGAUACUGAUAUCAUGUGGUCAGGGGGACUAUGACUAUGAUGCCUCAUUUCCUUUACCAGCUACUGAAGAAGGAGCAACAGCUCUUGUCACAACCAAAACUGCAGAGUGCUGUGACUGUAGAUAAGUGUAUUUUUCAGCAGUCAGGAAUGCUUUUUGAAAUAUGAUGAGCUGAUAUUUAGAAAUUUGCAGAACGAUUCCUGAAAAGAUGAUAAUUUUGCUAUUGUAAAAUCUUGCCUUGUGCAAUUUGACUGCCUUGCCUAUGAUGUGAUGGCAACUAUACUUCACAAAUACCCGGGCUGUAAUUUUGUUUUUGUAGUUUAACCAAGUUGCUGCUUCAAUAUGUUUCCAUUUCUCUUGCUUUAUUUCUUGUUGUCAUGACCCUUAACCAAUUUCAAAGUUUCUAAUCAGUUCAAACAGCUGUGUUUUCUUCCAAGGUUUCUUUAUUGCUAUGUUCUGUUUUGCUCAAUGUUCUGUGUUUUACCGUAGUGAUAUUUAUAAUUUAUUGCCUUAGUUUAGUUUGACAACAUUUAAACUUAGUUUUAUUUUCUUUGCUCUUCCUACAGCUAGCAAUUUUUUUCAAAUCACUUUUGCAUUCUACUUUUUUGUGCUUCCUCAGUUGUAUCCUAUUUUUGAUUUUUCUCCCCACACCCCCAACACCAGCUCCAUAGCCAAGAAAGCCCAGCAGCAUCUCUAUUUUCUGCCAAGGCUGAGAAAAGUCCACCUUCCUCCCCACAUCCUCACCACAUUUUACAGAGGAUGUAUCGAGAGCAUCCUGAGCAGCUGCAUCACUGCCUUGUUCGGGAAUUGCACCGUCUCGGAUCGCAAGACCCUGUAGCAGAUAGUGAGGUCAGCUGAGAAGAUCAUCGGGGUCUCUCUUCCCGCUAUUACAGACAUUUAUAACACACACUGCACCCGCAAAGCUAACAGUAUUGUGAAGGACCCCACGCACCCCUCACACAAACUCUUCUCCCUCCUGCCAUCUGGCAAAAGGUACCGAAGCAUUCUGGCUCUCACAACCAGACUGUGCAACAGUUUCUUCCCCCAAGCCAUCAGACUCCUCAAUACUCAGAGUCUAGACUGACAUCUAUAUCAUUUAUUAUUAUAUUGUAAUUUGUCCUCUACUGUGCCUAUUGUCUUGUUUAUUAAUUAUUGUACUGUCCUGCACUGUUUUGUGCACUUUAUGUAGUCUUGUGCAGGUCUGGAGUUACUGUAUAUGAUCUUCCUCUGGGAGCUCUUGUUUUCUCUCACAGUCCAAAGACAUACUAGUUGGUAGGUUGAUCGGUCAUUGUACAAAUUGUCUUUUGAUGAGGCUACUGUU